CCGGCGGAACUCCGCCCCGACAAGGCCACCUUCAUUCAGCUCCGGCCACUUGGCUUUCCGGAGGAGCUGGCGGACGCAGGCAUCAUGAGGACGGGCAGGAUGAGCAAGUCGGCGAGGGUCCGAGUGGCCGCUUUGUUUUCGGGUGGUGAGGCUCCUGCCCCGCACGGAGUAGGCCCCGCGGCGCGUAUAUUUGUCCCCAGAGCGGUCCCAGAGCAGGCAGGCAGGGAAGACGCCUUUUCUGCAUCCUUCAAGGGAUGUCCAAGGUUGCCCUCCUCGCGGGCUGUGGAGGCCCUCCCUGGGCUGCACUCCCCAGCCGCACCGCAGGUUGUAGCUCCUGUCACCCGCUGUACGCAGGGCGCGAACGUGGGCGCCCCAGGACGGUGGGUGACCGCGUAGCGGCCAGGCUGGAGGUGAACCGGCUUCCCAAGGCCUGCGCCUGCCCGGAAGGAGUCGCUUGACUCCGUCGCAAAGCCCCGGUGAUUAUUUCCCCAUAUCUCUAUGAGAGUUACCCCAUGCCUGUCAUACCACAACCAGAGAUCCUCAGCUCGGGAGCGUACAGCCCCAUUACCGUGUGGACUACGGCAGUUCCAUUCCACUCCCCACUACCCAAUGGCCUCUCUCCUCUUUCUGGAUACCCCUCAUCCUUGGGGCGGGUGAGCCCCCCUCCUCCAUCCGACACCUCGUCCAAGGACCACAGUGGCUCAGAAAGCCCCAUUAGUGAUGAAGAGGAAAGACUACAAUCCAAGCUUUCAGACCCCCAUGCCAUUGAAGCUGAAAAGUUUCAGUGCAAUCUAUGCAGUAAAACCUAUUCAACUUUUUCCGGGCUGGCCAAACAUAAGCAGCUGCACUGCGACGCCCAGUCUAGGAAAUCCUUCAGCUGUAAAUACUGUGACAAGGAAUACGUGAGCCUGGGCGCCCUUAAGAUGCACAUCCGGACCCACACUUUACCUUGUGUCUGCAAGAUCUGUGGCAAGGCAUUUUCCAGACCCUGGUUACUUCAAGGACACAUUAGAACUCACACUGGGGAGAAGCCUUUUUCUUGCCCUCACUGCAACAGAGCAUUUGCAGACAGGUCAAAUCUGAGGGCUCAUCUGCAGACCCAUUCGGAUGUAAAGAAAUACCAGUGCAAAAACUGCUCCAAAACCUUCUCCAGAAUGUCUCUUCUGCACAAACAUGAGGAAUCUGGCUGCUGUGUAGCACACUGACUUACGCAAUCAAUGUUUACUCGAACAGAAUGCAUUUCUUCACUCCGACUCCAAAUGACAAAUAAAAGUCCAAAGGCAUUUUCUCUUGUGCUUACCGACCAAAUAAUGUGUAUAGACACACACACACACACACGCACACAUGCACGCACACACACACACACAUACACACACACACACAAAGCUGCAAGAGCACGAAAUCCAUGUGUUCCAAGUUAAUCCUUUCCAUGUGAAGUUUAAAAUUACUAUAUAUUUACUGACAGCGAGAUUGAGAGGAUACAAGACAAGAAUCUUUCUCUUCAAAAGUUGAAGCAAAAAGCACACUGCAUCUUUUCUCACUAAGAAAGAAUGCAAAGAUUCACAUUGCUGCCAAAUCAUUUCAACCGAAACGAACAGUAUUGCUUUGUCAUAGAGUUUGUAAUAGAAUUGUCUAUAGGAAGCGAAUUUGCCAGACGCUAUCUCAGGUGCCUUAUAAAGUAUUCCAAGUUUACUUCACUACAUGUCUGGUGUCUGGUUAUCAUUGUUGAACUGAAGCCUUUGUGAUUACCUGUAAUGCUUUAAACGGUAUUUUUAGGAGACAUAGAAAGAGAGAAAAAAAGAACAGGAACGAAACACAAGAGAAUGUAUUAAGAGUGUUUUGUUUUUGUUUUUGUUUUUGUUUUUGCCAAUAAAGGGUAUGCGCCUUGGGGGAGGAGGGAGAACUAGCUUGGAACAUUCCUGGUGCAUGCCCCAUGUCUUACUUUUUUAAAGAAUUUUUAAUGACUUUCUAAAAUUAAUUAAAGAUGGGAAUAAGUGCAAGAAAGGAUUCUUAGAAACUCAGUAAUGUACUUAAACUAUUUUAAAUGCAUCCAUACAGCACCCUUCCAAGUGCCUUUUUAAACUAAUUGUAUAGAUGAUGAGUCAAUGUAAAUUUGUGUUUAUUUUUAUAUGACUGAAUGAGUUUUGUAUGAAAGUGAGAUGUUGUCUAUAGCUGAUGUCUAUAAACAACCUGAAGACUUGUGAAAUCAAUUUUUCUUUUUUAAAAAACAAUUUUAAAGGUCCUUUUUUACAAUAAACAUUUUUGAUUUAAAA